CUUUCUUUUUUCACCCCACGGGUUGUUUGGAUCUCAGACUGACCACCGGCCAGACCAAAGAUCGCACAGGAAUCACAUAGACCAGUGAUUUCAACAGAAGAGCUACACUAAGAUGGAAGACUACAACUUUGACUAUGAUUAUAACAGCAGCUGUGAUGAUCCUGGUGACUGCAUAUUUCCAUGUGACAACAACGAUAUCCGAGCACUGCGUUCCAAUAUGGUUUAUGUGUAUUCCAUCAUCUGUGUGAUGGGCAUGUUGGGCAAUGCACUGGUUAUUGUUACAUUUAUAUUUAAUAAGAAGCUAAAAUCCAUGACGGACAUCUAUCUUCUAAAUGUGGCCAUAGCAGACAUACUGUUUAUUCUUUCAAUUCCUCUUUUGGUAGUAAACGAACAGUAUGGAUGGAUUCUGGGAGAUUUAUCAUGCAAGUUACUGAAAGGCAUCUACAGUGUGAAUUUGUACAGCGGUAUGCUGCUGCUUGCUUGCAUCAGCACAGACCGCUACAUUGCUAUUGUUCAGGCAAGAAGGUCUUUCAAACUUCGAGCGACAGCUCUGGUCUAUAGCCACGUAAUCUGCCUGAUUGUCUGGCUUGUUGCAAUUGGCGUGUCCCUUCCCACAUUCAUAUUCUAUAAAACAUUUGAACACCAAAACAUUACUGUCUGUGAAACUAGUUUCCUCAAUCCUCAGAGUGCUGCUCUGUUAAAAACAUUGAUGCCAAGCGCACAGCUCGGCAUUGGAUUCUUCCUUCCUUUGCUGAUUAUGCUCUUCACUUACUCCAGCAUCACUUGUACCCUCCUGCGAGCUAAAAACUUCCAGAGACACAAGGCUGUGCGUGUUGUCAUGGCAGUGGUAGUGGUUUUCAUUGUGUGUCAUCUGCCUUAUAACAUCAUUCUCUUGAUGGUCACUGUAAAUAAGUUUAGGACAGACCUAGAUUGCAAUGUGGAGCAAAACAAAACCAGGGCUCUUAUCUAUACAGAAUGCUUGGCGUAUUUACACUGCUGUCUAAACCCUAUUCUGUAUGCCUUCAUUGGGGUGACAUUUAGAAAUAAUUUCCUUAAGAUCUUCCAGGAUUUGGGGUGCCUCAGUAAGAAAUACAUAUCUGGUAGACACACUCCCAAAUUCAUAACUGAGGGCUUUACCUCAAGGAAAACCAGUGAGGUGUUUGAGGCUGAUAAUGCAGUAGUGUGAGAUAUUGUUAGCAGUUGGCUCUGCUUUCUGACAGUGAUGACCACAAAUAAUUCUCCAAAACUAGACACAAAUCUACCCUGGAUUAGAUGUUAAGGGCUGCUUUGAACUGUGUUUUUGUGCAGUUCAUAAAUAGGAUGAUAAAAAUAUAUAUAGCUCUUGUGAUAGGUAAUCUAGUUUUAAAUGUAAAAUAUCAGCUGUCAAAAAAUCCAGAGAAACUAAUCAGGCAAUAAUUGUGGCGUGGUCCAAAAGCUAUACAGAUAAAGUUAAUCUAGCACAAGAAUGUAUACAUUGGAUCUAGAAACAGCCUUUGUGAUGAAUGUGUAAGCUACACAUUAAGCUGCUCAUGUGCAUACAGUGUAUAUGUAUACAGUAAUUUAUUAAAAACCUAGACUGUUACAGAUGUCUUGUAUUAAUUUCCAGAAAGACAGCAUGAGAAAAAAUCUUAACAGCCUGGCAUAUAGAUUUUCAUGCCAUGACCGUCUCACAGAUUUUUUUAAAUGUUUUUUACAGAAACAUAAAAUAUAGCUUAAUUAUUUUCAGUUGUUGUUCAUGCUUCAUGCUUUUUAUGCUUCUGCCGAAACUGCAAAAAAUAAAUAAAUAAAAAAAGACAAACUACAAAGGCUUCUUGAAUUCCGAAAGCAGUAAAAUGAAUGGAAUUUUCUACAUUCUAGUACCUGUUAAGAACUGAAUGUCAAAAUAUCAAAGAUAUUCAUGCAGCUUGAACUGUACAAAAAGUGAAAUGUAUUGUAAAUAGGGGCAAAUGCAUAUUUCAUGUCACUGAUUUUUCUCAUUUGCAGACGUCUUUGAGAACAAAUGCGCUAAAUCAGAAUAUAUAACAUAUUGAGAACUGUAGUGUUUACUAAGAAUUCAUAUCGUUACCUAGGUUGUGCAUAUCACAGUGAUGUAUAUUUAAACAGAUUCGUAAUUGUUUUGAUAUUUUUCUUGCACAUCGUGGACCAUACAUUGGUAAAUAAAUGGCAGAGUGUAUUCAGAUCAUGCUCUGUCCUGCAACAAUUCUGUUUAAUUGAAAUACAUGGAUUUUUGGAAAUAACAAUGUUGUUUCAUGAGGGGAUAUGAUGAUAAUGUCCACAGGCCCAACCUACCCACAUCUGAAUGCUCCCAAGUGAAGUACAAAUAUCAAAACAACUGAGGUAUGCUACUGUAAUUGGCAUUUAGCACCUGUGCAGGCUGUGUCACAAGGAGAAACCAGGGAUAUGAACAGAAGACUCACUGCAGGGUUGAAUGCUGAAAGUUUUGAAUGUUUUUUUCCUUUCUUUCUUUUCCUAAGAGUUUAAUACUUUUUUAUAAAGUAAUUUAUGUGAAUUGACUAUUGACUAAAGUACAUCAAGAGCUAAAUGGAUUUCCCUGUUUUUUCUCCUACUGUGUAUCUUACGUGU